AUGUCUGGGAAAGAACGGAUCGACAUCUUCCCCUCUAGAAUGGCUCAGACCAUCAUGAAGGCUCGUCUGAAAGGGGCUCAGACCGGACGCAACCUGCUCAAGAAGAAGUCUGACGCUCUGUCUAUGAGGUUUCGCCUAAUUCUACGUAAAAUCAUUGAGACAAAGACCAAAAUGGGAGAAGUGAUGCGAGAGGCGGCCUUCUCUCUGGCUGAGGCCAAGUUUGCUGCUGGAGAUUUCAGCACGACUAUUAUCCAAAACGUCAACAAAGCCCAAGUGAAAGUCCGAGCCAAGAAGGACAACGUGGCAGGUGUGACUCUGCCGGUGUUCGAGCAUUACCAGGAGGGAGGGGACAGUUACGAGCUGACCGGUUUGGCUCGAGGAGGAGAGCAGCUUUCCCGGUUGAAGAGGAACUAUGCGAGGGCUGUGGAGCUGCUGGUGGAGCUGGCCUCUUUACAGACGUCCUUUGUCACCCUUGACCAGGCGAUAAAGGUCACCAACCGGCGUGUGAAUGCCAUCGAACAUGUGAUCAUCCCUCGGAUCGACCGCACGCUGUCGUACAUCAUCACAGAGCUGGACGAGCGCGAGAGAGAGGAGUUUUACAGGCUGAAGAAGAUCCAGGAGAAGAAGAAGCAGCUACGGGAGAGGACUGAGCUAGAGAUUGCAGCGCGUUUGGCUAAGCUAGGCCCUAUUGCCGAGCCAGCUAACAUGCUAACGGAGGAGGCCGACGAGGACAUGCUGUUCGAAUAA